AUGGCUCCUGAUAAAAGCUUUGAAGACUUUGUCAAGGAAACGGGACAAGUUGUCUCUUGUGAUAUCGACUAUGGUUUGAUAUGCAAAAAGAAGGAUCAGGAUAGCCGACCUUACAAUUCCACGACUGAACCAACCACUACUCCAACAACUACAUCCACAACAACAACGCCAUUCAUUACCUCAACUACAACACCAACAUCAUCACCAGCAACCACACCUAGACCAACUACACCCUUAGUCACAACUAAAGAGACCACCACACAAGAGCCAACACCAUUCCCUGUUGACACAACAUCAACUAAUACACCUCAAACAACUAUGACAAGUAGUUCAACGACUGAACCAACUACACCUGAAGUAACAACUAGAGAGACAACAAGCCCACCUGUUUCAACAACUACUCCACCUACUCCCUCUGUCAUCUCAACAACAACAUUGACAACAACAACCACUGCACCACCAAGUACAACUGUUGCAACCCCAACCCCUGUUGUCACGACAACAACAACUCCCACACAAGAAACAACCUCAGUUACGACAACUCCAUCCACCACAACUGAAGGAACAACCGGAAUCCCCUCAACGACCGCCUGCGAGGAAGAGUGUGAAUGGACACAAUGGUUUGAUGUGGACAGCAGUACGGACGGCAGUGACUGGGAAACGUACAAGAACAUUACAAACAGUGGAGAGAAGAUAUGUCAAAAACCAAGGAACAUUACAUGCAGAUCGACAAAGGCUCCUGAUAAAAGCUUUGAAGACUUUGUCAAGGAAACGGGACAAGUUGUCUCUUGUGAUAUCGACUAUGGUUUGAUAUGCAAAAAGAAGGAUCAGGAUAGCCGACCUUACAAGUGCUUUAACUACCAGAUCAAGGUGGAUUGUUGUGUGUGCCAUGAACUCAGUACAACUGUUUUAACAACAACCCCUGUUUUCACGUCACCUACUACACUUCAAUCUACAAGAAGUACCACGACUGAACCAACCACUACUCCAACAACUACAUCUACAACAACUGCUCCACCAAGUACACCUGUUGUAACACCAACCACUGUUGUCACGACGUCAACUACUACAGCUAAAACAACUACGACAAGUAGUUCCACGACUGAACCAACCACUACUCCAACAACUACAUCUACAACAACUGCUCCACCAAGUACACCUGUUGUAACACCAACCACUGUUGUCACGACGUCAACUACUACACCUAAAACAACUACGACAAGUAGUUCCACGACUGAACCAACCACUACUCCAACAACUACAUCUACACCAACUGCUCCACCAAGUACACCUGUUGUAACACCAACCACUGUUGUCACGACAUCAACUACUACACCUAAAACAACUACGACAAGUAGUUCCACGACUGAACCAACCACUACUCCAACAACUACAUCUACAACAACUGCUCCACCAAGUACACCUGUUGUAACACCAACCACUGUUGUCACGACAUCAACUACUACACCUAAAACAACUACGACAAGUAGUUCCACGACUGAACCAACCACUACUCCAACAACUACAUCUACAACAACUGCUCCACCAAGUACACCUGUUGUAACACCAACCACUGUUGUCACGACAUCAACUACUACACCUAAAACAACUACGACAAGUAGUUCCACGACUGAACCAACCACUACUCCAACAACUACAUCUACAACAACUGCUCCACCAAGUACACCUGUUGUAACACCAACCACUGUUGUCACGACAUCAACUACUACACCUAAAACAACUACGACAAGUAGUUCCACGACUGAACCAACCACUACUCCAACAACUACAUCUACAACAACUGCUCCACCAAGUACACCUGUUGUAACACCAACCACUGUUGUCACGACAUCAACUACUACACCUAAAACAACUACGACAAGUAGUUCAACGACUGAACCAACCACUACUCCAACAACUACAUCUACAACAACUGCUCCACCAAGUACACCUGUUGUAACACCAACCACUGUUGUCACGACAUCAACUACUACACCUAAAACAACUACGACAAGUAGUUCCACGACUGAACCAACCACUACUCCAACAACUACAUCUACAACAACUGCUCCACCAAGUACACCUGUUGUAACACCAACCACUGUUGUCAUGACAUCAACUACUACACCUAAAACAACUACGACAAGUAGUUCCACGACUGAACCAACCACUACUCCAACAACUACAUCUACAACAACUGCUCCACCAAGUACACCUGUUGUAACACCAACCACUGUUGUCACGACAUCAACUACUACACCUAAAACAACUACGACAAGUAGUUCCACGACUGAACCAACCACUACUCCAACAACUACAUCUACAACAACUGCUCCACCAAGUACACCUGUUGAAACACCAACCACUGUUGUCACGACGUCAACUACUACACCUAAAACAACUGCGACAAGUAGUUCCACGACUGAACCAACCACUACUCCAACAACUACAUCUACAACAACUGCUCAACCAAGUACACCUGUUGUAACACCAACCACUGUUGUCACAACAUCAACUACUACACCUAAAACAACUACGACAAGUAGUUCCACGACUGAACCAACCACUACUCCAACAACUACAUCUACAACAACUGCUCCAGCAAGUACACCUGUUGUAACACCAACCACUGUUGUCACGACAUCAACUACUACACCUAAAACAACUACGACAAGUAGUUCCACGACUGAACCAACCACUACUCCAACAACUACAUCUACAACAACUGCUCCACCAAGUACACCUGUUGUAACACCAACCACUGUUGUCACGACGUCAACUACUACACCUAAAACAACUACGACAAGUAGUUCCACGACUGAACCAACCACUACUCCAACAACUACAUCUACAACAACUGCUCCACCAAGUACACCUGUUGUAACACCAACCACUGUUGUCACGACGUCAACUACUACACCUAAAACAACUACGACAAGUAGUUCCACGACUGAACCAACCACUACUCCAACAACUACAUCUACAACAACUGCUCAACCAAGUACACCUGUUGUAACACCAACCACUGUUGUCACGACAUCAACUACUACACCCAAAACAACUACGACAAGUAGUUCCACGACUGAACCAACCACUACUCCAACAACUACAUCUACAACAACUGCUCCACCAAGUACACCUGUUGUAACACCAACCACUGUUGUCACGACGUCAACUACUACACCUAAAACAACUACGACAAGUAGUUCCACGACUGAACCAACCACUACUCCAACAACUACAUCUACAACAACUGCUCAACCAAGUACACCUGUUGUAACACCAACCACUGUUGUCACGACAUCAACUACUACACCUAAAACAACUACGACAAGUAGUUCCACGACUGAACCAACCACUACUCCAACAACUACAUCUACAACAACUGCUCCACCAAGUACACCUGUUGUAACACCAACCACUGUUGUCACGACAUCAACCACUACACCUAAAACAACUACGACAAGUAGUUCCACGACUGAACCAACCACUACUCCAACAACUACAUCUACAACAACUGCUCCACCAAGCACACCUGUUGUAACACCAACCACUGUUGUCACGACAUCAACUACUACACCUAAAACAACUACGACAAGUAGUUCCACGACUGAACCAACCACUACUCCAACAACUACAUCUACAACAACUGCUCCACCAAGUACACCUGUUGUAACACCAACCACUGUUGUCACGACAUCAACUACUACACCUAAAACAACUACGACAAGUAGUUCCACGACUGAACCAACCACUACUCCAACAACUACAUCUACAACAACUGCUCCACCAAGUACACCUGUUGUAACAUCAACCCCUGUUGUCAAGACAUCAACUACUACACCUCAGACAACUAUGACAAGUAGUUCCACGACUGAACCAACUGCAACCGUAGUAACAACUACAGAGACAACAAGUCCACCUGUUUCAACAACUACUCCACCUACUCCAACGGUCAUCUCCACGACUACAUCCACUACAACACCCACUGUACCAACCAGUACAACUGUUGCAACAUCAACCCCCGUUAUCACUUCACCUACUGCACCUCUAACUACAAGAGGUACCACGACUGAACCCACCACCUCUCCAAUUGUCAUCUCAACAACUACAUCUACAACGACAACUGCACCACCAAGUACAACAAUUGUAACACCAACCCCUGUUGUCACGACAUCACCUACUACACCUCAAACAACUACGACAAGGAGUACCGCGACUGAACCAACCACCACUCCAACCGUCAUCCCAACACACGAGUCAAUUGUUACUGGCAUUGUAACAACUACCACCGGUCCAUCUACGGCGCCGGUUGGACGCCCUUCUGCCUCAAGUACUACUGAAACAACAUACACCGUUGUCCUCAGUACCACCACUGUAACAAUCCCAACUACAACUACAGGAUGUGUCUGUAUUGUUGAUGGCAAGCAUUAUAAACCUGGUGAGACAAUAUACGACAGGAAAGAUAUUGGAUCAGGGAUUUGUCUCAGCAUGAUAUGUUCGGCUAUUUGCGAACUUCGAAACCAAACAGAACCUUGCCACUCUACACCCUCAUCAACACCUUCCCCUCCACCAAUGCCACCUCUUCCCACCUGCCCCGAGUGGGAUGUAACGCAAAACGAGACAUUUGUGCUGUGUAAUUGCACAAUGGCCAAAUGCAUUGAGAACACAACGAUUGAAAUAGUACCAUAUGUAUGCCCCCCACGGGAAGAAAUCUCCUGUGCCAGUGGAAAGAAACCAGUUCUUAUAGACGAUAAAUACGGAUGCUGCAAGUAUUACACAUGCCCAUGUGAAUGUGAAGGCUGGGGAGACCCACAUUACAUUACGUUUGAUGGCGUCUUCUACAGUUAUCAAGGAAACUGCACAUAUGUCUUAAUGGAAGAGAUCACACCAAAGCAUAAUUUGAAGGUUUUUGUAGACAAUGUGUACUGUGAGCCCACCGAAGACGUUUCUUGUCCUCGCUCAAUUAUCGUGUCGUAUAAUUCACAAGUAAUAACUCUCAAGAAUCAAAACCUUAUGGGAGCAGCCAAGAUGGAGGUUCUCAGUAGCGGAGUGACUGUAAAAGUGCCUUAUUACCAUCAAGGGAUAAAGGUACUAAGCACUGGAAUGUCCUUGAUCUUGGAGAUCCCUACUCUGUAUGUGGUCAUCACAUUUGGAAUUACAGGAUUUAGUAUAAGCCUGCCACCUCGGGAUUUCGUCAACAACACAAAGGGGCAUUGUGGAACAUGCAACAACAACAAGGCUGAUGAUUGUAUGUUGCCUGGAGGCCAGCUGAUACAGAAUUGUGAAGUGAUGGCUGACUUCUAUCUUGUGGAAGACUUGUACAAGCCAUCCUGCCAUGCUCCAUCCGUAAUACCAACCGAUUCGCCCUUACCCCCACCGCCACUAACCACAUGCAAACCAGACUCUGUGUGUGGAGUUCUUCUUGGCAGUCUAUUCGAAGCAUGCCAUGCCAUUGUCUCACCGGACAAAUUCUACCAGGGUUGCAUCUUCGAUAGCUGCCAUGUCGCCAACCCAGUGGUGCAGUGCACCAGCUUGCAGGUGUACGCUGCCGCCUGUGCACAGGCCGGGGUCUGCCUGUACUGGAGGGAUCACACCCCUCUGUGUCCCAGUAACUGCCCAGCAGACAAAGUCUAUAAACCAUGUGGUCCUGCAGAGCAGCAAACCUGUGAAGACAAAGCUGGCGAAAAGCAAAUUAACUUUACCACUGAGGGGUGCUUUUGUCCUGAUGGCAUGAAGCUCUUCAACAAGGAGUCAAACAUAUGUGUUGAUAAAUGUGGAUGUUUGGAUUCAGAGGGCGUUCCCCGCGAGUUUAAUGAGAUAUUUGAUCAAAACUGCCAAACUUGCAUCUGCGAGGAAUCCACCAAGUCUGUGACAUGCAAGCCCAAAGACUGCCCUGCAAUUCCAGCGGGAAGCUGCACCAAACCAGGGUUCAUACUGGUGAAUCAAACCCUACCAGCAGACAGAUGUUGUCUUCACUAUGUUUGCCAAUGUGACAGCAGCACUUGUCCAGUUGGCGACCUGAGCUGCGAUGUUGGAUACAUACCAGAAGUCUCUGUGCCAACGGGACAUUGUUGCCCUGUGCGCCAAUGCUUGCCUAAAGAGGUUUGUGUGCACAAAGGAAUGGAAUACCAGGUCGGUUCCCCAGUCCCAGUCGUCAAGUGUCAGAACUGCACUUGUUCCAGGCAGGUGAUAGAAGCUUCAGGUCUGCGAGAGAUAACCUGUAAGAUGCUGGCAUGUGACCAGAACUGUGGUCUGGGAUACAAGUACGUUUCAGACAAGAGCCUUGAGGAGUGUUGUGGGAGGUGCCUGCAGACCCACUGUGUUGUCGACAGAAACAUAACAAAGGAGCUGCUUAAGGAAGGAGAAACGUGGUUCCCACCGGGGAACAUGUGUGAGUUUUAUACUUGCGUGAAGAUUGGAGAGACGCUCACAACAAUCAUGUCCACCACGGUGUGUCCGCACUUCCAGCAGAGCAACUGUUACCCUGAUACGGUUCAGACGGCUGCAAAUGGCUGCUGUAAGAUCUGCGUGGAGAUAGACAAGGGGUGUAAGCGAGGCUCUAUGAGACAGCGGAUCACGCACAACGGGUGCCAGGCCCGGGAGGACGUCGACAUGCCCUAUUGUGAGGGGUCCUGCAACACCUUCGCCAGGUACGAGGAAAUGGCCGCCGGUUUGGAGCACACGUGCGCGUGCUGCCGGGAGUCGCGCUUCAGCAACCGCACGGUGGAGCUGGAGUGUCUGAACGGAGACCUGGUGCCGCACACUUACGUCCACGUGGAGGAGUGCAGCUGCGGAAACACCAACUGCGACCGGGCGGCCCGGCUGCCAGCUCGCAAGAGACGGGCCGACAUAGGAGUUUAAAUGUUGGACACGACCCAAAAGACGCCCACCGUUACGCUCAGGCAUAUUCUAAAACCUUUUUUGAUGUUUUUAUUUAAAAGCGAAUCAUUUAAUGUUUGUCAAAAAGUGUCUGACGCAAAUUAAUAAAUUAACAAUGCAACUUC